AUGAAAAUCCUGUCCAUCAUUCCCAUAGCCCUAGGGUUGGCGCAGCUCUCGUUGGCUCGGAAAGCCGACACGCGCAUGCACCUGGACGAGUGCCGCGAGGUGAAGUCCAUGGGCCUGAAUACUUGUGCGUACUGCAACUGGACCGGUAUUGCCCAUUGCGACACUGCGGCCUACUGGGAUAGCUGCAGGGACAACCCGACGCCAAAUCCGUGCCGUUCCGACGAAAUCAUCGCCGUGGACUCCAGAGACUACGCUAUCAACUAUGACAACACCUGCGAAAAGGUCUGCCCCGACCAAUACUGCUACUCCGAAACUAAUAAAUACGCCACGACGUGCUGCCGCUGUCCCAAGGGCUAUGUGCCAAGUAUCACGCCACCGACGUGUCGCGCGAAACGGGGCAGUGACGUCGGCGUUACAUGUGUUGGGUGUGACAACCCUGACGAGGUUCUCACAGGAAACGAUCAGACAGGAUGGGAGUGCCAACCGAAGCCGAAACCUCCGCCCCCUCCCACAUGCAACCGCGUUUGCCACAAGGAUACUUGGUGUCCAGCCCAGUGGGUGAAGAAGACUGGCAAGAAUGGAAAGACGAUCAAGUUGUGCCAGUGUACUGGCGGCAACUGCAAAGGCAAAGAUGCGACCUGUCCUUCUGCAUGCCUGGGAAGCUACAAAAAGCCCAAGACCUGCCCUUCCUUCAACUGCCCAAAGGUGAAAGAUAAAGACUUUUGCUUUCCUAGCCAGGAGGGCCUCGAUCUGAUCAAGAGUUCGGAAAGCCAUUGUAGCACCUUCUACAAUGUCUGUGAUGGAGUCAAAACGAUAGGAUGGGGUCACAACUGCAACGCCCAUAAGGACUGCGGUGGCCUUACUCUACCUCUAUCCCCCUGCGAAUCCGAAAGGCUGUUCACAUGCGACGUCACGGAACUGAUGCAGCGCGUCAAGAAACUGCCCAACUACCGACGCUUGUCCCUCAACCAAUUCUCCGCCAUGGUCAGCUUAGCGUACCAAUAUCCGGCCGCUUUCAACAAAGGACGGGCUAUCUGGAAGCAUAUGGAUGUCAAGGCUAGCGAGUUUGACUAUCGCGCCGUUUGCAAGGACAUCUUGACGGCAACGUCGGACCACCAGAGCCGUAGGCAGAAGGAGUCGAAGUUGUGCCUCAAAGAGCCCGUUACGGCGAUGAAAUGUGUCAAGCCAGUGGUGGGCUGA